CCCAAAAGGGGAUUCUGGGGCACCGGCAGCUGAAGUCUUCCUUUGGCAAGAUGGCGCCAGGAAGCAGUGGCGGUGGUGGUAGGCCUUGCUCGAAAAGCAAUGCCGAUUCCGGUUUCCUGGGGCUGCGGCCCACUUCGGUGGACCCGGCGCUAAGGCGGCGGCGGCGAGGCCCGAGAAAUAAGAAGCGGGGCUGGCGGCGGCUCGCUGAGGAGCCACUGGGGCUGGAGGUUGAUCAGUUCCUGGAGGACGUGCGGUUGCAGGAGCGCACGAGCGGAGGCUUGGUGUCAGAGGCCCCCAACGAAAAGCUCUUCUUCGUGGACACUGGCUCCAAGCAAAAAGAGCUGAAAAAGAAGAGGACCAAAUUCCAGAAAAAGUCACUGCUUCUCAAGAAACCCCUUCGUGUCGACCUCAUCCUUGAGAACACAUCCAAGGUCCCUGCCCCCAAAGACAUCCUCGCUCACCAGGCCCCCAAUGCCAAGAAACUCCGGCGGAAGGAGCAGCUAUGGGAGAAGCUGGCGAAGCAGGGCGAGCUGCCCCGAGAGGUGCGCAGGGCCCAGGCCCGGCUUCUCAACCCUCCUGUGGCCAAGGCCAAGCCCGGGCCCCAGGACACCGUCGAGCGGCCCUUCUACGACCUCUGGGCCCUGGACAACCCUCUGGACAGGCCGUUGGUUGGCCAGGACGAGUUUUUCUUGGAGCAGACUAAGAAGAAAGGAGUGAAGCGGCCACCACGUCUCCACACCAAGCCCUCCCAGGCUCCCGCCGUGGAGGUGAUGCCUGCUGGAGCCUCCUACAACCCGUCCUUUGAAGACCACCAGACCCUGCUGUCAGCAGCGCAUGAGGUGGAGCUGCAGCGGCAGAAGGAGGCGGAGAAGCUGGAGCGGCAGCUGGCCCUGCCCACCGGGGAGCAGGCCGCCACCCAGGAGUCCACGUUCCGGGAGCUCUGCGAGGGGCUGCUGGAGGAGUCCGAUGGCGAGGGGGAGCCGGGCGAGGGCAAGAGCCCCAGGGUCGCAGAAGCUGAGGCCGGCCUCGCGCCCGCCCGCCUGGCCACCGCUGAGAAGAAGACGGAGCAGCAGCGGCGGCGGGAGAAGGAGGCCCGCAGGCUGCGGGCACAGCAGGCUGCGGUGCGGGCCGCCCGGCUCCGGCACCAGGAGCUGUUCAGGCUCCGCGGGAUCAAGGCCCAGGUGGCCCGGCGGCUGGCGGAGCUGGCGCUGCGGCGGAGGCGGCGGCAGGCACAGCGGCUGGCCGAGGCCGACAAGCCCCGCAGGCUGGGGCGGCUCAAGUAUCAGGCCCCCGACAUUGACGUGCAGCUCAGCUCGGAGCUGUCGGACUCGCUCAGGACCCUGAAGCCCGAGGGCAACAUCCUCCGAGACCGGUUCAAGAGCUUCCAGAGGAGGAAUAUGAUCGAGCCUCGUGAGAGAGCCAAGUUCAAGCGCAAGUACAAAGUGAAGCUUGUGGAGAAGCGGGCGUUCCGUGAGAUCCAGUGA